AUGGGGUUAGAUGCAGAGAAAAACAAAUUUGACCUUAUAGAUGUAGAACCCAAAAGUAUAGAAUUUUAUUAUGACCGCAUAGAAAGCUUCGAGGAAUUUGUUGAAAAAAAAAAAAAAGUGAUAGAAAAAAAAGUUAUAAAAAUAAAAAAUAUAUGCACAAAAAUUCAAAACAUAAAAAUAUUCGAAUCUGAAUCGAAAUAUUUAAAAAUAAAAGGAAUAAAAAAAAAAAAACUUGCUCCAGGUACUUAUGAAAAAAUAUUAGUAGAAUUUUCAUUUUGUGAUGUAAAUAUAAAUAAAUAUAAAUAUGAAAAAAUAAAAAAUAUUUUAGAUGUAAUAAAUAAUAUAGAGGGAACUAUAAAUGUGAAAGUACAAAGUGAAUACACAACAUUAUAUAUUCCUAUAUAUAUAAAAAAGAAGGUUCCGAUAUUUAAAUUUAAUAAUGUAUUUAAUUUGGGGUUAUGUAAAACAAAUUUAAUUUAUGAUGUAAAAUUAGAAGUAAAAAAUGUUGGGAAUAAAAAAGGAACUCUGUCUAUAUGUCUAGACAAUAUAAAUAAUGAGGCAGCAAAAAAUGAGGCAGUAAAUGAUGAUAAUAAAAAUAGUAAUACCCUUUCGAAUAGUGAUAAUAAACAUAUUAUUGAAAAUAAUUUUUUUAUUUAUUUUGAUAAAAAUACGAUUUGUUUAAACCCUAAUGAAAGUACUAUAAUUAAUAUUAAAAUAAAAAAUAAAAACGAAGAAAAGAUUCAAAAAUCUUAUAAAAUAAUUACACAAGAACAUAGUUAUUUUUCUCAAUCUCCUAAAAAUUUAACUAUGAUCGCAAUUUUUAUAAAUAGUCAAGUAUCAUUUAUAUAUGAGAAUAUGAAAACGAAUCAAAUAGAUUUGAAUUAUAUUUAUUUUGGAAAUUCGAAAAGAAUUAAUGGACAGAUAAAAAACGAAAAUCAAUAUCCAGUUAUUUGUAAAUUAAAAAAAACACAAAUCAAAAUGUUUUAUGAUUCCAAGGAGUUUGCUUCCCAUGCUGUUGACAGAGGCGUAGAUGUCCGGACUCUUUUGAGGGAUUUGGACAAUUUUCCCGAAUUUGAUGUUAAUGAUGAGGAAAAGAAAAAAAGUGAAGAAAAUAUUUUAGAUGUAGGAAAUAAUUUAAAACUAGAAGAAAAAAUAAAAAUAAAGUUAGAGAAACAAAAUGAUAUAUAUUUCAUAGACAAACAAAGUUGUACUGAUAUUUUAUUAUAUAUCGAAAUAGAAUCAUGCAUAGAUAUUUUAAAUAAAAUUGAUAAAAAUUAUUCAUAUAUGUUAAACUAUCCAGUAAUGGCAGAAAUAACAAUAACCGCAAAUAAAUGCGAUGCAAAAUGUAAGCCUUCUACUAAUAGGAAAAAAGCAAUUACCGAUUUGCGACAAUUUGACAAACUUAGAAAUGGUGCGAAUACUGUGAACGGUGCGAAUUCUGUGAACGGUGCGAAUUCUGUGAACGGUGCGAAUGGUGAGAGUGUGGAAUGUAGUGAAGGUUGCGAAGAAGAUUUAACAUUUUAUGUAUUUUUUUGUUUAACAUUCCCAUCAAUCGUUUCAAAUAUAUAUUUUUUAAACUAUGAUAUGGUAGGACAAAAUGAAGAAAAAACUUUGAUUUUAGAAUUAAAUAAUUUAAAUAAAUUUUUAAAAAUAAAUUAUAAUUUUUCUAAAAUUUCGCAUAUACAUCUAAAUAAAAAAGAAGGUGUUAUUAACCCAUUGUCUAAAGAUAUUAUUGCUCUUAAUUUAAAAUGUAAUGUAAUUAAAAAUAUAGAUGAUUAUUUAUAUUUAUUUUUUUGUAAUAAAUUAUAUUUUUUUGUGUUUUUUGUAAAAGCACAAAUAAAAAAAAGAAUAUCAAUAGGAAGAUCGAUAGUUAUCAAAAAUGAUAAAAUGAUCAAAGCUGAUGGAAAAACAAAACAAAUUAAUAGAAACACAAUUGAGUUAGAGAAAAUUACAAUUUCCAAAAAAGAAGAUGAAAAUUCAAAUGAAGAUAUAAUUUAUGAACAAAUUUUAAAAAAGCUAGAUUUAGAAAAAAUUGACAAAAAUUUAUAUACAUUAGAUGGUAAAUUAGACAAAUAUAAAUAUAACGAAAAAUUUAUGUCUUUUUUAAAGGAAAAUAAAAAAAAAUAUAAUGAUAUAUUAAAAUAUAUGUAUAAUAAAAGAAAUGAGAAAAAAGAGAAACAGGGAAUAAAGAACCCAAUACCUGAAAAUGAUCAAAAUGAAAAAAUUAAUAAUAUAAUAAAUGAUAAAUUUAUAUAUAUAAGUGAUAAACAAGUAAUAAAAAAUACUAACAUGUUUAUACAUAAAUCUAUAUAUGAAGAAAAAAGGAAAAAAUAUAUUGAUAUGAAAAAGAGAAAAGAGAUAAAAAUAUUUAAUAUUAAAAAAAAUGAUGAUAAAAAAGAGGAUAUUCAAUUAGAAUAUAAUGAUAUAUUAGAAGAAAACCAAAUUAAAAAUCUUAUUUUUGAUAAAGUAAUUUAUUUUAAUUAUGUUUUAUUUAAUCAAGUAUAUACAAAAAUAUUUAAUGUACAUAAUAAAAAUGAUGAAUGUAAUAUAAAAAUUAAUUUUACACAUAGUUCUAAUUUAAAUUUAGACAAAAAUUUAUUAUUUAUAAAAGGGAAUUCAAAAGAAAUGAUAAAAACUAACUUACUUUUAAACUUACCUAUUAUAAAAACAGAUGUAGAAAAUUGUAACAAAACAAUAAACAUUAAUGAAAUAAAAUAUAGAAAUAUUUUUGAUAACGAAAAGACAAAUUUUCAAAUUUUAACAGAUCAUACAUUUAAUCAAAAAGAGCAAAAUAAUUUAUCAUUACAUGAGAAUGAGAAUCUUUCAAAUAACAAUAAAAGUUAUUUAUUUGAUCAUAAAUAUUAUACAGAAAAUAUAACAUUAAAGAUUAAUGAUAAUUAUGAAGAUAUGAUAGUUGUUAAGGGAAAUAUAAUACUUUUAAAUAUAGUUAUUAAAAUAAAUACAUUAUAUUUUUAUUUUAAAAAUUCAGACAUAUCUAUGUUUUGUGAAAAUAAUUUAAUUUUAUAUAAUCCCUUUAACAUUCCUAUCCCUAUCACACUUGAAUUCUCCAAAGAAAUUUUUGAAGCAAAAAAUAAACUUGUUAUUAACCCUAGUGAAUAUAAGACAGUGGCAAUAAAAUUUAUAGGAACACAAAAUAUUGAGCGCAUGGAUAAUUUUAUUAAUUUGUAUUUAGACAAUAAUAGACUUUACAAAAGGGUAAAAUGCAUAUUUGAUGUAAAUAAAUGUUCUUGCAAAAUAAAUGUAAAUGAAAUAAAGUUUGAGAAUAUAAUUUUAAACAAAAAAUAUUUCAAGCAUUUUUACCUGACCAGUACAGGGGAUACUCCGGUUGUCUUUAAUUGUGUUGCCAAACCAGAUUGUGUUAAUAUUUAUUAUAAAUAUAAUUAUGUUAAUAAGAAUGAAAAGGUUAAAAUUAUAGUCUCAGUAAAAUUGAAAGAAAAUAAACAAAUAAAAGAUAAAAUAAUUUUGUCUAUUCGCGGGUCUGAUAAUAUUAUUAUCCCUAUUAUUGUUACAAAGGUUUAUUCGAGUAAUUUGUUAUUUCUUAAUGAUAUUAAAAUAGAUCAAGAAACAAACGAAUUAAAGAGGUAUGAAAUAAAAAUUGUGAAUAAAGGAGGGUGUGAAGAAAAUGUGAUUUUAAAUUUAAGUGAAUUAAAUUUAAGCGAAUUAAAUUUUUUAAAUAUUGAAUUAAAUAAAAAAACAGAAAAUAAUAGAAUAAUAUAUAAUAAUAAAGAAUAUAAAAAUGUAAGAAAUAUGAAAGAUGAUUUUAUGGUUUUAAAAAAAAUAUUUAAGACAGAAUAUGAGAAUAUUAUAACCAAUAAAUGUGUAAAAUAUUAUUUUAAUAAAUUAAUAGAUUUAUAUAAUUUUUUACACAAUUUUAGUAAAAAUAAGUUUAAAAUUAUAUUUGUAGAAAAUAAAAAUAACGAUAUAAAAAUAAAUGAGAAAAAUAUGUACAAAAUAAAAAUAUCACCAAAAUGUUUUGUUUCCUUAUAUAUUCAAUGUUAUUAUAAUAAUAUAAUAAAAAAAGAAAUAAAAUUUAACAAAAUAUUGUUUGAAAAUAAAUGUUUACAUGAAUUAUCAAAUGAAGUUAUAAAUAUAAAUAUUAAAAAUAGCCAAUUAAGUAUAUCACCAAAUUUGUUAUUGUUUCAAAAUAUUAUACCUUAUAAUUCUGAACGAGCUUUCAUAACUUAUUAUAAAAAAGAAGGGAUUCAAAAAAUAAAAUUAAAAAAUAAUUCUAGUUACCCUAUUAAAUUGGAAAUAUUAUUAUAUGACAAAAAACAAAAAGACAGUUUAUUGGCAACAUCAUCAGUUGACAAUUUUGUAGAAAUGGAAAGAAAACAAAUUAUUAAAAAUAAUGAAGAGAGUAAUGAAAAAAUUGAAAUAAACAAAACAUUACCUAGAGCAGUUCCAAAAAAAGAUUCUAACCUAAAUUUAAAGAAAGGAAAUAUUCAAGAAAAUGUAGGAAACAAAUCGAAUGAACAUGUUGAAAAAAUGUACGAAAUUGAAUUAAAUAAAGAGAGUGGAAUAAUAAAAGCAAAUGAAGAAAUUGAAGUUGAAAUAAAAUUAAAAAAUUGUAAAGAUAUAGGAAAGUUUGUAGAUAUAUUGGAAAUAAAAACGAAUGUUGUAAAAAAUGAACAAACAGAUAAAAUCUUUGAUGAAAAAAAAUAUUGUAUAUAUAUUUUAUCAGUAAUCGAAAUUCCUAAAUUAUAUUUUGAUAUUACAUAUAUAAAUAUAAUAUAUAAUAAACUAAAUGAUACAUUUAUUUUUCCUUUUAAAAUAUAUAACUAUGGAUAUAGUUAUGUAAGAAUAAAUUACAAAUUUGAAAAUUUAUAUACAGAUUUUUUUUUUCUAUCAUUAGAUUUUUUACAAGGAAAUGAAAUUGACAUAAAAACAAAAAAAAUCAAUGUAGAAUUAAAAUGUAAAUCAAUUAAAAAUUUAAAAUUUAAAUCAGAAAUUAUAAUUAGUAUAUUAGAUUAUGAUAUUUAUAAAAUACCAGUGUUUGUAAACAUUGAUGAAAACAUUGAUUAUUUUUUGGAAAAAGUACAAUAUGAAAAAUUUGAUGCAUUAACAAGUCAGGCAAAUAAUUAUAGUCUUGAUCAAUAUAUGUGUAAAGAAAAUUCAAGAUCAAAUUUGUCUGAAAUAAUAGAUGAAGUAGUCUGGACAGAUAAACAGUUCAAUUCUGGCAAAGCUGAAAAUGGCAAUGUUGAAAAUGGUAAUUUUGAAAAUGGCAAAGCUGAAAAUGGCAAUGUUGAAAAUGGUAAUUUUGAAAAUGGCAAAGCUGAAAAUGGCAAUGUUGAAAAUGGUAAUUUUGAAAAUGGUAAUAACUACAACAUUUCCAACGUUAGCGAACAAAAUAAUGAGUUGCUCUCUUUUUAUUGCAAAAAUAUAUGUACAGAAAAUUGUAAUAUAUUUAAAAAAAGAUGUAUAUAUAAAAAUUUAAAAAUUAAUAAUAUAAGAAAUGUAUAUUAUAAUAAAGAAAAUGAAUUUAUUGAAAUAAAUGAAAUACCAAAAGAUUAUGUUUUUGUAUUUCUUCAAAAUAUAUUAUUAAAUAAAAGUUGUGCUCCUACAUUUUUAGAAAAUACUAAUGAUUUGUUUUUAUUUUUUAUUAAUUUGUUAAUAAAUUUUUUUCAUAUAUAUCCAAAUAGAAAUAUAUAUAAUUUAUUACAUGAAAUUAAAAUAUACCAAAAUAUUUCGAUGCAAGACUUUGAAAAAAAUAUAUUUAUCCACGAAAAUAUUCUUGCAAAUAUAAAGCAAAUUUUAAAAAGCUUAAAAGAGGAAAAACUUUUAGUGAAUCACAUAAUUUAUGAAAAUCUACUUCCCAUAGAUUUGUAUUGUUGUCAUAUACUGGAUAAGGUUCCUGACAAUUUUUACAUAAAAAAUGUGAAAUGUAAAAAAGAUAGUUUUGAAAUAAAAGAUAUAUAUAAUUUUAUUAAUAAUAAUGAUGAUAAAAUAUUAUAUUUUGAUCGAAUAUUAAAAACACAUUUAAAGAUAUUUAGCUAUUCAUGGAUUACAAUUUUUUUCGAAUUAUUAAGUAAAGAAAUAUUUAAUUGUGUUAAUAUAGAAUCGUUAUAUAAAUUGAGAGGAAUCAAAUUAUGCAAUAUAGAAAAUAAAAUUUAUGAAAAUAUAAAAAUCCAAAAAAUAAAUUUUUUACUUAUUUUAAAUAAAGAAGACAAUGAAUUAAAUAAACAUACAAGCAUGUUAGAAAAUAUCAGAAAUAAAACAAAAAGAGAAAAAAUAUAUGGGGAUAAUAAUAUUAAUGGUGGUAAUAAAAAGAUAAAAUAUUCUCAAAUCAAUGAAGAAAAAAAAGAAAAAAAAGAAAAAAAAAUUAAUAAUAUUAAAAAUGGAGUUAUAAAGAUAAGGAAACAACCAACUACGAUAAAAAAAAUGGGGACCAAAAAAAAAGACCUAGAUUUAAAUUAUUUCAAUUUUUAUGAAAAUAAUUUAAUUGAUUUAAAAGAUUUGGUUAAUAAAAUAAACAACUUGAAUUUAUGCAGUGGUGAAGGAGAAGGUGAAAAAGGAAUGGAAAAUAAAGCGGUGUUAGAAGGGUGCCAAAAUAAAGCGGUGUUAGAAGGGUGCCAAAAUAAAGCGGCGUUAGAAGGGUGCCAAAAUAAAGCGGCGUUAGAAGGGUGCCAAAAUAAAGCGGCGUUAGAAGGGUGCCAAAAUAAAGCGGCGUUAGAAGAGUGUCAAAAUAAAAUAGCUAGCACCAAUCAAACAAACAUUUCUAAGUAUUACAAAAAUAUUGAAUAUAUACUUUUCGAAUGGUUAUAUUUUCAUUACAAUAAUGUGUAUUAUAAUAAGGUAAAAAAUGAACAAUAUAUAUUUAAGAAUAAAGAAAAUGAAUAUAAUAAAAAUGAAAGCAACUUAAUUAAUGAUGAUACUAAUUCUAAACAAUCGAAUUAUAUGAAAAAAAAUGAUGACAAUUCUUCUGGAUAUAUAAAUAAUGAACAUUCAUAUAAAAAUUUUGAAAAGUCAAACUUUUAUAGAGAAGAAAAGAAAAAAAAAAAUAUUGUUAGGGAAAACAAAUUGAAAAUAAUAAAUAUAUAUAGUUUAAAAAAUUUAGUAAUUAUAUUAUAUACAAUAAUUUCACAUAUACCAUAUUUUUUAUUUUUUAAAAAUAAAAUAAAAGUAGAAUGUAAAAAUAGAAAGGAUUAUAUGCAUAAUAUUGAUAUUUUGUUAAUAAUUUUAAAUGAAAUAAAAUUAGAUAAUUUAAUAACUAGACAGGUUCUUAUCGACUUUAAUUAUAUUCACAUAUUUUUAUUUUUAAAUUGCUUAUAUUUUAUAUUACCAAAUUAUUUACCCAAAUAUUAUUUAGAUGUAGAUGAUAUAUCAUCUUAUAAAAGUGAUCGAGUUUUAAUAAAAGAAGAAAUUGUAAAAAAAAAAAAUACUAUAAAAAAUAAAAAAAAUAUUGAUUUACAUAAAGACAAGGAAAGAAAAAGGAAUCAUAUAAAUAAUAAUGACAAAAGUGUAGAUCAAAAUGAAAGAAUAAUAUUAAUAUAUAAUUUAAAUGAUAAUAAAUGUAAAUAUACCGUUUUUUUAAUAGGGUGUAGUAAAUAUGAAAUUGAUAAGGAAUAUAUAGAAAUUGAUUCUCAUAAAUCAGAAGAAAUUAAAUUAAAAAUAGAUCCAAAUUACGACAAAAAUAUAUUCAAAUAUGAUUAUAAUAUUAAUAUAAAAUUCCCAUCUUUUACUAAAAAAAUAAAUAAUAUUCACAAAAAAGACAACUUGUUAAGUCAUGAAAAUGUUAAUAAUACUAUACCUUACCAAAAAAAUACUUCAAAUUUUGGAGACUAUUCUUCUAUAUCUUCUUCUAUAUCUUCUUCUAUAUCCUCUUCUUCUAUUGAUAGUUUUCAGUCUUCUUUAUCUUAUGAUGGAAUUCAAAAUGUUGAGGAAAAUAACUAUGAAAAUAAUUUUUAUCAUAAUGAAAAUUAUACCAUAUUGGUACUACGAAAAGAAAGCAAUCUCUUCCCAGGAGAUAAUGACGAGGACAAAUUUAUUUGCAUUAAAUUGGUUGAAACAAAUAAGAGCAAAUUAAAGUCAGAAAUAGUGAGGAGUAAUAGUAAUUUAUUGGUAGAAGGAAAGGAAUGGAAUAAAUUGAAUAGCAAUUUAAAAUUUGAAGAAGGGAAGGUUAAUAUGAAAAAUGGUAGUGGAACAAAUUCAUCAAAAAUAAACAUAAUGUUAAAAAAUAGUGAAAUAAAAUGUUUUAACAUGAGGGGUAAAAUAUAUGAAAACAAAAGUGUAGAAAUAAAUUUAAUAAAUGAUAUUUCGAAAAAAGUGAACAUAAAUAUGAAUAUGUAUCAUAUAUAUAUUAAAAAUUUAAAAAGAGAAGAAAUAAAAAAAGGGAAAUUUGAUAUAGACAUAUUAAAUAAUAAAGAAAAUGGUAAUUAUAAAAAUGAUAUUAAUAGAAAUAUAAAUGAAGAGAAAGGAUACAAGGAAUGUGAUGUUUGUUCUUUACUUAAUUUGAAUUUAAAAAAAAAUUUAAAUUGUGAUAAAAAUUAUUUUAAUUGUUUUUAUAUAGAAAAUAUGAAACCCUUUGUUAGUAGAGAAAAUGAGAAAAGAACGAUAAAAUUACAUUUUUGUCCAUUUAUAGAAGGAUAUUAUUUAUGUUUUUUACUUUUUUGUGCUAAAGAUUUAAAGACAAAAUGUGUAAUGUCGAGUUGUAAAUUAAAUUGCUUAUUUUAUAUUAAUAAUAUAAAGGAAGAAGAAGUUAUAAAAAUAGAUUCCCAAUUAUCAAAAUUUUCGUAUCAAAUAAAAUUAAUUCCAAUAAAUAAAAGAUUUCUAAAAUGUAUACAAUUUAUUUUAUGUUAUUUAAACAAAAUGAAUAAUAAAGUUUUUUUAAGUUACAUAAAAAAUUAUCUAAAUUAUAUAAAUAAAAUAAGUGACCAAUUUUAUAUAAUUUGUGAUAAGGUUGGUAAAAAUGGGAUAAAGGAAAAAUUACCAUCUUUCCAAAAAUAUAAUUAUAAUGAUUUUAUAAAUCAAAUAAAUGAAAAUAAUUUAUUUUUAGACAAUUUUUAUGAUCAAAUAAAAGAAAAAAAUAACUAUUUAUAUGAAUUUAACAUAAAUGAAGAAAAUAUGGGCGUAUAUGAAUAUAACAUAAUUUUGAUGGCAAAUAAUAAAAAAAAAUAUAAUGAAGAUAUAAAUAAAUCUAUACAAUUAUCAAAAUAUGAUGAGUUAGAAGUAGAUGAGAAUAGUAUAUAUAAUGCAUGUAAUAAAUUGUAUAAAAUAAUUGCAAAUAUAAAUAAAAAAGAAAAUAAUAAUAUUAUAAAUGUAACAUUUAAUCAAAAUGCAUAUUUAUUAUCAAAAAAAUGUGUGUCUAUAUAUAAUUAUACUAAUAAAAAUUUAAUAUAUAAAUGCUCUAAUAGUGAAGUAUUAGAUAUGAAUAAAAAUAAAAUUGAUUAUAAAAUAUUUAAUUAUGAUGAAUAUAUUGAAAUAGAUAAAGAUGUAGAAUCAUUUAAUUUUGAAAUUAGAUGUUAUUCGGUUGUAGAAGUAGAAUGUUCAUGUUUUAUAUUUUUAACUAAUGUAGAAAAUGAACAAGAUGUAAUAAAAAUUAAUGUAAAAGCAAAUAUUGUUAAACCAUAUCCUAAAGAUACAAUUCAUUUAAAAAUAUUAAAUAAAAUGAAAAAAGCAGUAAGUAUUGAAAUAUAUAAUGAAUUAGAUUUUCAUUGUGAGUAUAAAAUUUAUUCAGAUUUACCAAUUAUAUUUGGAGAUCAAAAAAUCGAAAUGCUUCCAAAGCAAAAGAAAGUUUAUACUUUUUUUGUUAGAAGUAUACAUAUAGGGGAAUUCAUUGGGUGUAUUAUAUUUAAAUGCUUUCGAUUUUUAGAUGUGAAUAAGAUAAAAGAUUCUAGAGAUAUUAUUAAAAAUGAUUCUAAUAUUACAUCUAAAAAUUUUUCAUUGGUAGAUUCAUUUUUUUGGUAUAAAUUAAAAGUUACAGUAGAUUUGAACAAACCGAUCAAUGUUUUAACUCUUGAAAGCAAUGUAGGAGAUGUAUUAAAUAAAGAAAUUGUGUUAAAAAAUAAUGGAAAUAAAAAAGAAGAAUAUUUUUUACUUUCCUAUAUGAAUGAAUAUAUAGAAAAAAAGAAAAUUGAAAUACCAGCAAAUGAUGCAUAUGUAUACACAAUAAAAUAUGCUCCAAAAAUACCAAAUUAUUUUGAUAAUAUUCUAAAACAUAAAAAUGAAGAAGAUACAAAAGAUACCAAUUUUGAAUUAGAUGAAAAAAAAGAAAAAGGUUCGAAAUAUAAUAAAACAAAAAAAAGUGAAUGUAUGAAAAGAAAAGAUGAAAUAAAACAAAAUGAGAAUAUAAAAUUUUCAGACAUUUCAAAUGAGUUAUCAAAUUUUUAUUUUCUUCAAAAUGAAGAAGAAGAAAUAAAAAAUGAAGGAGAUUGUUUACAAAAAAAUAUGACAAAAAAAUUAAAUUUGGAAAAAAAUGAAAAAAAAAUAUUUGAAGAGUUAAUAAAAUAUUGUGAAAAAUAUAUAAAUGUAGAUAUAAAAUAUACAAGUCAUAAUAUUGGUUUUUUUUUUAUAUAUAAUAAAAAUGAAGGGGUAAGUUAUUAUAUAUUAAUAUUAUUGGCUAGAUUUCGAACCCAAUUAGAUAUUAGUAAUUUCUCUUCGUUAUUAUCGAAAUCGUGUUUAAUACAUUUGAAUUUUGAAUUUUCCAACAAAAAUAAAAGAUAUGUAAACAAAUUAGAAACAGAUCAACAGAAAAAUACAAGUUAUUAUUACCAAAUAGGAGAAUAUAUUGAGGAAAAUAAUAUAAAUAAAAAUAAUUCAUACAAUUGUAUUGAGAACUAUAAAUUAAAUAAUGGGUUUGAGUUUUAUAAUAGCAAAAUUGAAAGAGGCGCGGACAAAUCUUCCAACAUCAAAGAGUUUGAUGGUGAUGGAAAUGGAAAUGAAAAUGAUGAUGGUGAUGGUGAUGAAAAUGAUGAUGGUGAUGAAAAUGAUGAUGGUGAUGAAAAUGAUGAUGGUGAUGAAAAUGAUGAUGGUGAUGAAAAUGAUGAUGGUGAUGAAAAUGAUGAUGGUGAUGAAAAUGAUGAUGGUGAUGAAAAUGAUGAUGGUGAUGAUGACGAUAUGAGCACGGAACAAAUUGUGAGACACAACAUAAAGGGGAUAUAUCUGAGUAAUAAAAUAAAUUAUAGCAUGAUAAAUUGUGAUAAUAAAAAGAGUGGAAAUUAUAUUUUGAUUAAAUAUAAGCCCACUGUUGGAACAUCACAAGAAUGUUAUGUUAUAAUAAGAAGCGAUUUAUUUGGAGAUUUUAUUUAUUUUUUAAAGGGUGGAUAUAUAGAAGAAAAAAAAAUAAAAGAGAGAAUAAUAAUACAUAAUUCAUUUUGUUUAUAUAACUUUAAUAUAAAUUUAUUCAACCCAUUUUCUUCAAAAAUAUAUGUAAAAUGUAUUAUUGAAACAGAUAGAAGUAAAAACUAUGAAUAUAAUAAUAUGAAUAAAAUAAAUUGUCUAAAAUUGUACAAAUCAGAAAAAAGUAGAAAUAUUGAAAAUGGAAAAGAAAAAAUAUUAUUAAAUACGAAAUAUAAAUAUUUUAAAUUAUUAAGUAAUGAACAUUUUAAAAUAAAAAAAAGAAAAAACUUUUCUAUUUUUUCUACUUAUUUUUGUAAAUAUGCAAAAUCGAUAGAAAAAUUGAUAAUAUUAUUAUAUCCUAUAAAUAAUAAAAAAAAAGAAAAGAAAAUUAAUCAAUAUAUAAUAUAUGAAUAUGAAUUAUUUUUUAAUAAUACAAAAAGCGAUUUUUUUCUUGAAACAGAUCGUAUAAUAGCAGAUAAAGAAGAAGAAGAAGAAAAAGAAGAAGAAGAAGAAAAAGAAGAAGAAGAAGAAAAAGAAGAAGAAGAAGAAAAAGAAGAAAAAGAAGAAAAAGAAGAAAAAGAAGAAAACAACUUAGACAAUAUCGAAAAUGUUUGUACUAAACAAUUAAAUUAUAUUUCAAAUGAAAUGUCAAAAUCAUCAUCAUUUAGUUUUAAUGGUUUAGAAAAAGAUGGGUCUGCUGAAGAUGGUUUAGAAAAAGAUGGGUCUGCUGAGAAUGGUGUAGAAAAAGAUAGAUCUGAUGAAUACAGUUUAGAGGAGACCGAAUCGGAGAGUUAUAGCACAAUAGAAGUGGGUUCUAAAAGAAACAACCAUAUAUUAUAUUUGGAUAAACUAAGUAUAUCGGAUUCAUCAGAUGUGGGAAUAGAAGAGUGUUAUGAAGAAGGAAUGGAAAUAAAUAAUAAAUUUGAUAAAAAUAUAGAUGGAAUAAAUAAUAAAUUUGAUAAAAAUAUAGAUGGAAUAAAUAAGAAAGAAGUUGUUUAUUCUGAUGGUAAAAUAUUUAUCCAAAGUAUAUGUAAGAUUAAAACUAGUAUGAAAAUAUUUAUAAAUAAAAAAAAAAUUGGAGAAAUGGAAAAAUAUUAUCAGACAAUAAAAGAGUUAGAAAAAAAAAAACAAGAAAAAAAUAUUAUGCAUCGAAAUAUUUUAUUGGAAAAAUCAAAUUAUAAAAUAUUUUUUUUAAAUCUAAACAAUUUAAAAAAUUCUGAUAAAAUAGAAAAAAAUUGUAAAGACAAUUAUGGAAAUGAAGUUUUAAAUAACAUUCUUUUUAAUAUGAAUGAAAAUAUAUUAAAUAAUUUUCUUUAUAUAAAUAUAGUUGAGGAUAAAGAAAAUUAUUUAGUUAUUAGUUUGGAAUUGUUAGCUAAUAUUCCUUUUCAUUGUAAUUUUUUUAUAAUGAUAAAAAAAGUGGAAAUUAGGGAAAAUAAUAAAAAUGAUGAAUUAGAUGUAAGAAAUGAUGAAAUAUAUCAAUAUGAAAAUGAUGAUAAAAUAUUAAAAGUUAAAUCAAUAAAAAGUGAAAAAAUAAAAGAAUUUAUAACAGUUGAAAAAAAUUAUAUUUUUUUAGAAAUAUUUAAUUAUAUUAAUAUAUCAAAAAAAUGUAUAAAUAUAUAUAUAGAUAAUAAUUUAUAUUCUGAAACAAAUUUAAAUAUUUUUUAUAAAAAUAAUAAUGAUUCAUAUUUCGAUGCUUAUAUAGUUGGUUAUAAUCAACUAUUAGACAAAAACAAUUCAGAUGAAAUACAUAACUAUACUAUUCGACCAAAACAAGGAAUACUGAAAUAUAACCAUUUUAAUAAAUUUAUAAUUACUAGAACCAAUAAGAUAAACAUUAUGGCCUUUAAUAGUUCAUUCUUAUUGUUAAUUAAAACAGAGAACAAUCUUUUUUCCUACAUCAUUUCUUCACACUUUACACCAUCUCAUGAAUUAUACACUGAGGCUGAGAAAAACGUGAUAAGAGACAUUUUAAAAGAGAACCGCACAAAGUUUAGCAUCUUUUUCAACGAAUUUAAGCAGGAAAAAAGAGAAAGCACAAUAUUUAACAAAAAAGACGAAAUAAUAAUCUAUGACAUUUCAGAAUCAAAUGAAAUACAAAGUGGGUAA